AUGGCUGAUGAGGAGAAGAAGCACCACCACCACCUGUUCCACCGCCACAAGGACGGCGAGGAGGAGACCAGCACAGGCGAGGUGGACUACGAGAAGAAGGAGAAGCAGCACAAGCACCUGGAGCAGCUCGGCGGGCUCGGCGCCAUCGCCACCGGCGCAUACGCAAUUCACGAGAAGCACAAGGCGAAGAAGGACCCCGAGAACGCGCACGGGCACAAGGUGAAGGAGGAGGUGGCGGCGGUGGCGGCCCUGGGCGCGGCCGGGUUCGCGUUCCACGAGCAUCACCAGAAGAAGGACGCCAAGAAGCAGGGCCAGAGCUGA